AUGUUCUCUCCCCUUCGAACACGACAACUUCUAGCACUUCUAGGGAGAAACCAGAAAAUUGUUGAUCCGACGCCACUUUCGUCAUCACUAUCCCAAACAUCCCAUCAGUUCUCAACAACAGCAAAAGCAGAUAUGGCGACCGUCAAGGAUGAUAAAAUUACCAAUUGGGUCAGUCCUUCUGAUACCACUGGCGAAUUCAAACGCGAGCAAUCUGCGUUACGCAAUUGGAUUUCCAGGGAGCCUGGGGCGCAAUUCCCACCAGAAAAAGGCCGGUAUCAUCUCUAUGUCUCAUAUGCGUGUCCAUGGGCCCACCGGACUCUCAUUGUGCGAAAGCUCAAAGGCUUGGAAGAUAUAAUUCCCUUCACAGCUGUGCAUUGGCACUUGGGUGACAGGGGUUGGCGGUUCGCCACCCCCGAGGAAAAUUUACCAGGCGAGAACGUGAGGCCCGACCGAGUUCAUGAAGGCUUUACGCAUCUCAGGCAGAUUUAUUUCAAAGUUGAUCCCGAGUAUAAGGGGAGAUUUACGGUGCCUGCGCUCUAUGAUGUCAAGACGGGAAGGAUUGUGAGUAAUGAGAGCUCCGAGAUCAUUCGCAUGUUUUACCAUGAGUUCGACGAUUUGUUGCCAGAGAAAUAUAAAAAGGUUGAUUUGUUGCCGCAGAAUUUGCGGAAGGAUAUUGAAGAGACGAAUGAAUGGACGUAUAAUGAUGUGAAUAACGGUGUAUACAAAUGCGGAUUUGCAACAACCCAAUCAGCCUACGAGAAAGCCAUGACCACCCUCUUCACCUCCCUCGACCGCAUUGAAUCGCACCUCCAGUCAAGACUCGAUGCUAGUUCCUCUAAAACGUCACCAAUUUACUACUUCGGCGAUAGCAUCACCGAAGCAGACGUCCGCCUAUACACCACCAUCGUCCGUUUCGACGCAGUCUACGUACAGCAUUUCAAGACAAAUAUCCGUGACAUCCGCUCCGGGUAUCCUGCACUUCACCGCUGGCUGCGCCAUCUGUACUGGGAUAUUCCCGCUUUUCACGACACGACGCAGUUCGAGCAUAUUAAGAAACAUUAUACUAAGAGUCAUACGCAGAUUAAUCAGUUUGGCAUCACGCCCGUAGGGCCGUUGCCGGAUAUCUUGCCGAAGGAUCAGGAGGUCGCGACUGUUAUGGCGGUGAAGAAGUGA